AUGCCACCAGUAAAAAUACCCAAUCCCAGGGUUAUCUUCUCAGGAAUCCAGCCUACGGGCGUGCCUCACUUGGGUAACUAUGUCGGCGCCUUGCGGCAAUGGGUUCAACUUCAACACACCGAGCCAGAUGCCAAGCUCAUCUACUCCAUCGUAGAUCUUCACGCUAUCACUAUGCCGCAACCGCCGGAUCAGUUGAGAAGGAGGAAGAGGGAGGCAUUGGCUGCGUUGUUGGCUAUUGGCAUUGAUCCUGAGAGGGCGACCUUGUUCUAUCAGUCUUCUGUAAGUCCCAGCUCAUUCAGAGCUUAUGUGGAUUCUCAGUUGCACAGCAUCCGUUGGAUAUCUCUCGCGGAUGACACAAUGGAAGGCAUGUUCUACCUUUCUCUAUCACGAGCCACCGAGCAAAACCUGACAAAAACCAAGAGUAAACUCAAUCUUGGUGAAAAGUCCACCAUAGACGACAAGCAAGCCGGCUCUCGCCUCAAGCUAGGCCUCUUCUCGUAUCCUGUGCUCCAAGCCGCCGACAUUCUCGUCCACAGAGCAACACAUGUCCCUGUUGGACAUGACCAGCAGCAACAUCUUGAGUUUGCCCGUGAGUGCGUGACAAACUUCAAUGCAGCCUACGGCAAUCACCUCGUUCCCCCCCAAACUCUCAUCCCCCCGGUUCACAGAGUCAUGUCUCUCAAUGAUCCAACAUCCAAGAUGUCCAAAUCUCACAAAUCAGAAAAGUCACGCAUUCUUAUCACAGACUCCUCUGAGGAUAUCAAGGCCAAGAUUGGCUCCGCAAAGACAGACUCCAUCCCCGGCAUUACUUACAACCAGGCUGAACGGCCAGGAAUCUCCAACCUAUUGGAUAUCCUGUCCAUCUUUGAUGCUGAGGGCAGGAAAGGCGUGGAGCUUGCAGAGCAGUACAACGACAUCAGCCCCAAGCAGCUCAAAGAGAUGGUUACCGAUGCCGUAGUUGGUGGUCUAGCUGGUAUUCGUGACAAGUACCUAGAAUUGCUGAACAAGGGAGACCAGUAUCUUGAUUCAGUCGAGAGUAUUGGUGCCCAAAAGGCACAGAAGAGUGCCGACGACACCAUGCAAAUUGUUCGAGGUUCCGUCGGGCUUUGA